CACGCGCACAAACACACACUCUGUCUUUUGUUAUAAGGUGCCACUCCUCUGCAGGGUCAAUGGUUUAUUUGCAUCGUGUGCCUCCAAAGUCAACAUGGUGGUCCAGGCUUGGGUUCGGUCCCCUGCUCUGCCCCUCCCUCACCUCUCUGUAUAAAACCAGGCCUCCAGCAGAGAUCAGUCCCUGUCAGAUCACCUCCUGAUUCUCUGCCCGUCCAGCUCACCGUCUGCUGCCAUGUUUGUUGCUCCUCCUGGCUACCAGCCCAUCUACGGCCCCAGGAUUCCCUACCUGGGGCCCAUUUAUGGAGGCCUGAGGGAAGGGAUGUCCAUCUACAUCCAGGGCUCCAUCCCCGAGGACAUCACCAGGUUCUUUAUCAACCUGCUCUGCGGAGAGUCAGAUUCCAGCGACAUUGCCCUCCACUUCAACCCCCGAUUUGAUGGCUGGGACAAAGUGGUCUUCAACACAUGUCAGGACGGAUCCUGGGGGUCUGAGGACAAGAUUCGUGAUAUGCCUUUUUGUAAAGGCCAGUCCUUUGAAAUGGUUAUCAUGAUCACAUCACAGGGCUAUCAGAUCAAAGUCAACGGGAACGACUUUCACACCUUCGAACAUCGCCUCCCUCUGCAGAGAGUCUGUGCCAUGCAGAUCGCAGGAGAUGUUUCCAUCCAGACGAUUAACGUCAUCGGGGUGAGUCUUUCUGGAGGAAUGGGAGGCGGAAUGGGAGGCGGAAUGGGAGGUGGAUAUCCAGGAGGUGGCAUGGGAGGUGGUAUGGGGGGAGGAUUCCCAGGAUCAAACCUGCCGGGCAUGGGCGGGCAGCCUGUCUACAACCCUUCUGUGCCGUACUCCAACAUGAUCCCAGGAGGGAUGUACCCAAAGAGGACCAUCAUCAUCAGAGGCAUGGUGCCCUACGGAGCAGACAGAUUGAGCAUCAACUUUGUGGUGAGCAGAUCUCGGGACAUCGCUUUCCACAUGAACCCCCGGGUGAGGGAGGGGACUGUGGUGAGGAACAGCUUGAUGGGAGGAGACUGGGGUCAGGAGGACAGAGAGCUCAGCAUGAACCCGUUCAUGGAGGGACAAUACUUUGAUAUGUCCAUUCGCUGCGGGAACCAGAGGUUCAAGGUGUUUGUGAAUGGGCAGCACUUGUUUGAUUUCUUCCACCGCCUGCAGUCCUUCAGUGAGAUCGACAUGCUGGAGAUCGAGGGUGACGUGCAGAUCUCUUACAUCCACUUCUGAGACCACACACACCUCUUGUUCUGUAAUUUGGGGCACAUUUCACAUAAAAAAAGCACCAAAGUAAUGUGCUUUCUGUAAAACAAUCAGUGGUUUAAAUAAAAAUAUUCCUCCAGUUUAGUGUAUUCACUGGUUGCAAAGCUUAAACAUAAACAACUUUUUGGAUAUUUUAAGGGAAAGGAUAUUUUUGCUAAUUACCUAAUACGGUCACAUCAACUAUGUUACUCAUG